AUGGCAGCAAUUGUCCCCCUUGUCGGAAGCUUUGGUCUGAUCUUCGGAGGUUGUUGUUCUAAUGUCUAUUGUCUCGAAGCCAUUGUCAAGCAUGAGCCUGACAGCGGGUUGCUGAUCACACUGUUUCAAUUCAUCUUCACUUGCGCCUCAACGCUGCAUUAUCAGUUUGAUCCCAAUGCACGCUAUUUCCUGAAGCCUUCACCAGUACCAUUUCGCAAGUGGCUCAUCAGUGCAACCCUCUUUUUCACUGUCAACAUGAUGAAUAAUUGGGCAUUCGCGUUCGAUAUAUCUGUCCCCGUUCAUAUUAUACUCCGUAGCUUCGGAAGUGUAACCACAAUGGCGGCGGGCUGGUUACGUGGAAAGAAAUACACCAGAGUACAGGUGUUUUCGGUGGCAGUCUUAACCAUGGGGGUGAUGGUGUCGGCAUGGGCUGAUGCCCGAUCGAAAGGAAAAACCAUGGACACUUCGCGGGUCGACUUUACAAGUGCGUCUUUCGAAAUUGGUUUACUCAUACUUCUAGUAGCCCAAUUGCUCUCGGCGUACAUGGGCGCUUACGUAGAGGACAUCUAUGCGGAGCACGGCAAUCACUGGAAGGCCAAUCUUUUCUAUUCGCAUCUCCUCUCUCUUCCUUUGUUCCUCAACUUUUCCCCAGUUCUGUACAAGCAAUUUGCGCGUCUACAGGCGUCACAACCGUUCCAGGUACCAUCACACAUUGCGGGCUCUCUUCCGCCGACCAUCAGCAAGGCUCUAGCAUCGACUCCUCAGCACGUAGUGUACCUAACUGCGAAUGCUGUUACUCAAUUGCUCUGCAUCACCGGAGUAAACAUUUUGAGCGCAAAUACGUCCGCUGUAACGGUAACAAUCGUCCUCAACAUAAGAAAGCUCGUCAGCUUCCUUUUGAGCGUCUGGCUUUUCGGCAACAAGAUGAGUGGUUUGAUGGAGAUUGGUGCAGUCAUGGUCUUUGGUGCUGGAGCUCUCUAUGGAUGGGAGACAACGUACAAAAUACCCCAGAGGCGGAAGGCAGCCGCUAAGGAUGUGCAGGCCAAGACGGCCAUCAUGUCUUCCCCGGCCGGUGUGCGGCACCGCGGUCCCAAGGACAAGAAACGACCGACGACUCCCAAUCCUGACCUCCCCCUCGAGAAAGGUGAUGGAAAUGUUGCACCGAUAAAGCAUACCUUCCAGGCCCAUCGGGGUGCGGAAUGGGACUAUAAAGUUGCCAUCUCGAUCCUCACAUUGUUCGCCUUCAUCACACGUUUCUGGGGCAUCACCUACCCCUCGCAGGUCGUUUUCGACGAGGUUCACUUUGGCAAAUUCGCUUCAUACUAUCUCCAGCGGAUGUACUUUUUCGACGUUCACCCUCCAUUCGGAAAGCUUCUCUUCGCUUUCGCUGGCUGGUUGGUCGGUUAUAAGGGGGACUUUUUGUUCGAGAAUAUUGGCGACUCAUACAUCACAAAUAAGGUCCCCUAUGUCGCCUACCGCGCAAUGCCUGCAACAUUGGGUGCGCUGACGGUCCCGACUGUCUUUCUUAUCAUGUGGGAAUCUGGAUACUCCUUGCCCGCCUGUGUCACAGCCGCUGGUCUCCUGCUCUUCGAUAAUGCUCACAUCGGCCAAACGCGAUUGAUUCUCCUCGACGCAUCCCUGAUUUUCUUCAUGGCCACGUCGGUCCUUGCCUACGUCCGUUUCUAUAAACUCAGACACGACGCUUUCAGCCGAAAGUGGUGGAAGUGGCUUUUGCUCACGGGCGUGUCCCUCAGCUGUGUCAUCUCCAUCAAGUAUGUCGGUGUUUUCACUUUCUUCUCCAUUGGCGUUCCCGUCUUGAUUGAUCUCUGGGAUUUGAUGAACAUCAACCGUCGUCAAGGCGCUUUGAGUCUACAGGAGUUUGGAAAGCACUUUGCUGCUCGUGUCAUUGGGCUCAUCGUGAUUCCGUUCAUGCUCUAUCUUUUCUGGUUCCAGGUCCACUUCACCAUCCUCAGCCGAUCUGGCCCUGGUGACGACUUCAUGACACCCGAAUUCCAAGAAACUUUGAGCGACAACGUGAUGAAUCUUCAGUCCGUCGGUAUCGAGUACUUUGACUCAAUCACGAUUCGCCAUAAGGAUACCAAAGUAUACCUCCACAGCCACCCGGACCGUUAUCCUCUACGCUACGACGAUGGUCGAAUCUCUUCCCAAGGACAACAAGUAACUGGAUAUCCUCAUAAUGAUACCAACAACCACUGGCAGGUCCUACCUACUAAGCCGCUGGCAUCGACUGAGGGACAGCGUGAAGCCGAUGGUGGACGAUACAAUGACACCCUUUUCGAAAUCAAGGUGGACAACAGCAAAGGCAACCAGGAUUUCAAGACCAUGUCCUCUCACUUCAAGCUUGUACACGUUCCCACCAAGGUCGCCAUGUGGACACACACCACUCCCCUUCCGGACUGGGCAUACAAGCAGGCAGAGAUCAACGGAAACAAGAACGUCCAACAGCCUAGCAAUGUCUGGUAUGUUGAUGACAUUCCUUCGCUUCCUGCCGACAGUGAACGCAACAAGAAGGAGGUGCGUCAAGUGAAGACUCUGUCAUUCCUCCGAAAGUACAUUGAGCUCCAGCGUGCGAUGUUCUACCACAACAACGCCUUGACCAGCUCUCAUCCAUAUGCUUCCCAGCCAAUCUCCUGGCCAUUCCUCCUACGCGGUGUCUCCUUCUGGACGAAUAACGACACGCGUGAGCAAAUCUACUUCCUCGGAAACCCAAUUGGCUGGUGGCUUGCAUCCUCGCUUCUUGCUGUCUUUGCAGGCAUCAUUGGCGCUGAUCAGCUAGCUCUGCGUCGAGGCAUGGAUGCCCUUGAUGAGCGAACUCGUGCGCGUCUCUAUAAUUCGACCGGUUUCUUCUUCCUCACCUGGGCGGCUCAUUACGUUCCGUUCUAUAUUAUGGGACGCCAACUUUUCCUUCAUCAUUACCUCCCAGCACAUCUCGCGUCAGCUCUUGUCGCUGGAGCUUUGAUUGAAUUCAUCUUCAACAUCGAGCCAGUCGACCCCGAGUCCCCCGCAGGUAGCGCCAAGGGUCACAGAAGGACACAGUCCCGCCCCGUGAGGGAGCGCGUAGCCACCCAGACGCUACUCGGAAGCUGGAUCGCCACUGCCGUAGUCCUGACUGCCGUCAUCUGGUGCUAUCUGUUCUUCGCCCCAUUGACUUACGGAAAACCGGGCCUCAGCGUUGACCAGGUCAACUCCCGGAAGUGGCUUGCCUACGACUUGCACUUCGCGAAAUAA